UAGCAGCAGCAGCGGCUGGCUGCACGACACACACCCCAAGUGGCGGCCCGCCGAACCACACUCGCGCUCGCUCGUUGCCCGUCGCGGCCCCGCUCCGCUCGCCGAGCCGCAGUGCCACUCAGCAGCCUCGAGCAGCCCCGCCGACCGGCCCCAGGGUCGCCCUGACUCCAGAUUCCAGUGGGAGCUGAAAUUAUGCUCUUGGCGUUUUUCCUCUGAAGCGAAGAUUAACCGGGCUCUGCAAACAUUGCGUCUGUGGAAUGAAAUAUAUCAAAUUUACAAGGUGCGCACAAGCGGACUGGGCCCGCUAGGGGCCACGCCAGGGUGCCAUGACCAGUCUGCUGGACAACCUGGACUGCAGUAGCGACAGCGAGGACAUCAACCGGUUGUUCCCCAAGUGCCGUAGCGGCGGCGGCAGUCUCACCGCAGGCAACAACAAGACCUCAAACCCGGACGUGAACCUGAACACGCUGCACGAUGACUGCAACGACAACCGCGUCCUCUCGUUGGUGAUGAGCGGCGGCGGCGACGAGCACGAUAUGGCGCCGCCCAACGCGGCGCCGCCCUCCAACCUCAACGGCCUCGUCGACGCCGACGACGAGGAGACCGAGGAAGAGGACGACGACAUGCAGGACGAGUCGCCGGCCGCCUCUGGGGGCGGCUCGCCCCCCGCCUCCAACGCCGAAGUGCCCAACGGACGCAUCAAGUAUCUGCGCGACUCGCGCAUCGAGAUCGCGGGCGGACGUGAACUCUACUCUCAGAGCAAGAGCAAGGCCGGACGCGCGAAACGCUUUGUACAGGAGGACAGUCUGGGCGCAGCCGCUGCCGCAGUCGGCACUGUCCAGGCCUCUUUGGCCAGCGGCGGCCGAGGCGGCGUGUGGGAAGUGCGCGGCGGCGGCGGGGGCAGCGGGGGCCGCGGCAGGCGGUCGACGCACGCGCAGCCGCCGCCGCUGGAAAUGGUGACCGAGACGGUGUUCUCGACAGAGGUGCGUUCGAUCAGGCGAGUGUCGGACGCGUCGAGGUUCAGAGGCGGCCAGCAGGCGCAGCAGCCGGUCGUGUACGAGGCGCCCGUCGCCCCCGGAGCAGCAGAGGUGGUCGUCUUCGACGACAUCGGUGACUGCCUCACCACCGAUCAGCAGCAACAACAACACCUUGGCCGCCAACUGCACGCCAGCAGCCGCCACCACGAGGACGACUCAUCCGCCGGCUCCAGCUCCACCGGACGGGACACACCGCCAGCCUACCACAGGCCGCCCGCCGACUUUUUCAAGGUUCUGGGUCCGAGCGGCUCGGACGCCGACACCGACCCCUUGUCCCCAGAGAGGUCAAGAGCGCCGCGGGUGAUUGGAGGCCUGCCCAUCGCCGAGUACGAGGGUUCCCCGCGGCGCUACGGCCCGCGCCAGCUGUCCGACUCGCCCAGCAGCCAGCAGCAGCAGACGCCGACGGGGCCCCUGAUCCAGGGCCUGCCCAGCGCACAGUCCCUUCUCUCCUCGCCGUCCGUGUUCCCGCCGAGGCCCGGCUUCCCGCAGCGCGUCGUCUCCAAAGACGCCGAAGACCAGGAGGAGGAGGAUAUACAAGAAAGCCCCAAACUGUUGCCAAUCGUGUCGAGCGAGUCGGCGAACGCGGCCUUCGACUACUUGUACGAGUUCUCGGAGACGCGGAAGGUGCUCGAGGAGUUCUUCAAGCCGAGCUCGCCGCUGCCGAUCGAGGUCGACUUCGCCGAGCUCGACUAUAACCUCCACCGGCAGGCGGGCAACUCGUACGUGGGCCAGCGGCUGGCGGCCAAGGACGCGUCCGAGGAGCCCGCCCCGCAGACCUCGUCGCCGCGGACGCGCAAGGCGGGCGGCACCCCUGACCUCAUAUCACUGAGGGACACCGAGGAGCCGGUCGGUGGCCCCGCCCACCAGUCCGAGGCGAUAUCGCCUGAUCGGACGCAGAGUCUGCUCACCCAGGAGCUGGAAAUCACGUCCAACCACGCUGACGAGGACCUCGCGGAAACUGAGGUGGGACUGCAAGUAGGCCACUCGCGCAACUUCACCCUUUCGCCGGAGACGACCGACUGCGACUCCAAUGAUAUUGAGAGUGAGGUGUCCCUCGAGAACGAAGGGUCGAUGCACUCGAGCGGCGGAGGCCGUCUGUACGGCAGCAUGCCGGUCCUCGAGGACGGCCUCUCGUCGGGCCACGCGAGCGACACGGAAGACUCGGUGCCCCCGCCAGUGGUGCCCGGCGACGCCAACCCAACAAUAAUGCUAAUGAAGAAGCAGAUUUGCGAGAUCGAGCGAGAAAUCCGCAGCCGCGCGGGUAACACCAAGCACGAGGUCAAACCGACGCCCGCGCAAGCGGCCCUGGACUAUAGGGCCGUCGAGGACUUUCUCCGCGGGCACGACAUCACCUACAAGCCGGCCGGAAGUCCACCCACAGACCUCGACGUCCUUGGUGGUCUGCAAGACGCGCCCCCUCCGCCGGCUCCCGCACCGCACCGCAGCGACAAGGGCGGCCCCGGCGAGCCGGCCACUGAGUCAGUGGAGGCGGCCAUCAAGGACAUCCGGCUAACGCUGCAGCGCACCAAAGCUCUGCCCCUGCGCUCACCGCCCGUGCCCGACACCCCCGGCGACGAGGCCACGUGCGGGGGUAGCCCCAUCUGGGUGCCCCGCUAUGAACCCCCCUCGCCGCGGCCGCAGCCACCACCGGCGGUGACGGCCAGCAACGGCCGCGUUUCGCCGCCGAUGGCCCGCCGCCUGCAGCAGGCGCAGCCGACCCUGCAGCAGCCACCCAACGCUCACCUUCUCCAGACGCAGCCUCCCGCACGCCAGAUCAACGUCACGUCGCCGCCGGUCGACCUCGAGAUUAGGAAGGUGGCCGCUGGACCCUCAAGUGACGACGCCGCUGACGAAGAAGAGCUGGACACAGACUUGGAGACAGAUCGUUUACUGGGCCAGCAACGCACCGACGACCAGGGCUUCUUUGACGACAAGGAGUGGCGCAGGCCGAAGCUGCGCAGCGGCGUGCCAGCCACCAAGAGCAGCAGCCUGUCGUCCAAGCAGCCGCCGCAGCCGUCGGUACCGAGUGUGCAGCACCAACCCCUCCCCACCUCUGUCCCGAAUGCCAACGGGGCCUCGUCAGCCCCGAUCGGCAACGACUCUUCGGCCAACAACAGCGACAAGUCACCGUCGCCGCAGAAAAACUUGUCGGCAUUGAAUAAAACCAAUAAAAAGGAGAAGGAGAGCAUCAAGAAAAAAGGCAGGAACAAAGAAGACCUGAUGCGCGACCCGACAGUGCUGAUCGAGGGAGUGCUCUUCAGGGCGCGCUACUUAGGCUCGACGCAGCUCGUGUGUGAGGGCCAGCCGACCAAAACCACCCGCAUGAUGCAGGCCGAGGAGGCUGUGUCGCGGAUCAAGGCCAACCAAAACUGCAGCCCGAACUCCCGGGGUUACGGUGUAGAUGAUGAGGAUGAUGAGUCGGAUGAGUCUAGCGGGGGGCGCGGGGGCGCGCGCGGAGAGAGAGGGGUGGGAGGUGCAGGGUUAAGUGAUGAUGAUGAGGAGGAGGAGGAGGAGGAUUUAGAUGAGGAGGAGGAGGAGGAUGAUGAUGAUGAGGCCGAGGAUGAUGAUGAUGAUGAUGAUGACGACGAUGAGGAGGAGGAGGAGGAAGCGAGGGAGGGCGAGGGCAGUGACUCGGACGAAGAGGACCCUGAGGAGCACGCCGAGAGCGAGCCGCUGGAGGUGGAGGCGCCGCCGCCUGCCGCCACCGCGGUCAUUUCUCUCUCUCCGGGGGGCCGGGGGGUUACCACGUUCAGGCUGCAGUUCCUAGGCUCGAUUGAGGUCGAGGAGGAGGGCAAGAAGCACCGCAAACGCCUCAAGAAGAACAUGGUUGAAGAGGCCGUGUCUAGAGUCAAGGCUCCUGAAGGUGAAAAUCAGCCCAGCACCGAAGUCGACCUUUUCAUUUCCACAGAGAAAAUAAUGGUCCUCAACACAGAUUUGAAGGAAAUAAUGAUGGACCAUGCCCUGCGCACAAUUUCCUACAUAGCCGACAUUGGCGAUCUAGUUGUCCUAAUGGCUAGGAGGCGGUACGUCCCGCAAGACGUAGAAGAAGCACCAAAAAUAAAUCGCACACCCAAAAUGAUCUGUCAUGUAUUUGAAAGUGACGAGGCUCAAUUCAUUGCACAAUCGAUAGGGCAAGCGUUUCAGGUGGCAUACAUGGAGUUCCUGAAAGCAAACGGCAUUGAAGACCACAGUUUUGUCAAGGAGAUGGACUACCAAGAGGUGCUCAAUUCGCAGGAGAUCUUCGGCGACGAGCUGCAGAUGUUUGCCAAGAAGGAAAUGCAAAAAGAGGUUGUCGUGCCUAAAGCUAAAGGAGAGAUACUGGGUGUUGUGAUAGUGGAGUCAGGGUGGGGCAGCAUGCUGCCGACGGUGGUGAUCGCCAACCUGGCUCCGAGCGGCGCCGCAGCUCGGUGCGGCAUGCUCAACAUUGGUGACCAAAUCAUCGCCAUCAAUGGAGUCAGCCUCGUUGGUCUUCCGCUCUCCACCUGCCAGACAUAUAUUAAAAAUUCGAAAAAUCAAACAGUGGUAAAAUUGACUGUUGUUCCUUGCCCCCCGGUGGUUGAGGUCAAAAUCAAGAGGCCUGAUACAAAGUACCAGUUGGGAUUCAGUGUGCAAAACGGAGUGAUAUGUAGUCUGCUUAGAGGAGGAAUUGCCGAAAGAGGUGGAGUGAGAGUCGGACACAGGAUAAUUGAGAUCAACAACCAGAGCGUGGUGGCUGUUCCUCACGAGAAAAUCGUCAACUUGCUGGCGACGUCAGUUGGAGAGAUCUUGAUGAAGACGAUGCCGACUUCGAUGUUCCGACUGCUGACUGGGCAGGAGACGCCACUGUACAUUUAGUGUGCCGGCGCUUUCCCGCUGAUCCACCUGUGGUGCUGACUAUUGCCUGAAUGUGCCUCUGCCACUGGAACUGCUGCUUUGGGCAAACCGUUUUUAUGAUUUCCUCCCUUGAAGACAACAACUAAUAACCGCGCCGCCAAAGAUUGUAGAAGAAAGAGAGCAGGCACACAAUAUCAAGUUCUGUGCUGUUUCUAGUCAUAAUGCCGUGUAAACCUGCGUGAAUGAGAUUUCCCCGGAGCGAGGCAAUAGGCGAGAGCCGCCGCUCACACACGUACACUCACACUACACACACAAUACACACACAGUCACUCACAAACACACAUAUUUAUUAUUAUAACGACACUCGAGUGCUUCUCCUCGACUGAACCUUGAGAAAACUGUCUAUCUGUGCUCUUGUAUGGAUUUGCAUCAAGUCUGCGUGUGCAGUGAAGAUUCUCUGGUUUUUGACACAAAAGGUUUUGAUAUUUAUAUCCCCCCAAACAUCUCGACUAAAAGUUUGUAAGCUGUGCAUCGUGGCCACGAACUCUCUCUCAGGACCUCUCUUUCCGAUGACACACGGGCCGAAAUUUCUAGUGAUAUAUAUUUUUACUCUCUCUCUCUCUCUCUCUCUCUCUAUCUCUCUCUCUAUCCGACCCUCUCAUUCAGUUAUUCAAUCAGUUCGCGAAUUGUGCGUGUUGAAGUUCAAAGCAAUCGAUUGCAUUUAUCAAAUUUUAAUAUUGUACUUUUUGUUGUUGCGACGCGAGUCGACUAUUUUCACAAGUUCUUGUUGUUGUUGACGGCGCUGGCCUGCGCGAGAGAGAAAGAAAGAAACCUAGGUCCUGGCAACUAACUGAUGAUUGAGCAAGCUGGCGAAAAUUGCAUAACAUUGGAUAAUAACAGAGUUUGUCGCGGUUGUGCGACCGAUUGAUGAUAUUGCGCGUAUAUAACUUUUUCAAAAUGACAAACAAAAUAAGUAAGCGAUUCAAGUAUGAAAAAUAUCAAAACUGCAACUGGUGAUGAGAUUUUUGGAGUGUUAACAUUUAUGUCUCAUGUACUCUCAGCAGCUGGGACCAUAAAAAAUCAGCUAGUGUGUAUUUAUGUCUCGGCUAUUUAAAGAAAGGUAACUAUGAACCAGCUAAACCACGCAACUGUAUAUCUAACCUUUGUAGAGCAUUGAUCAGUGUAAAUAACUCAAAUUAAAGAUAAAAAUAUGUGAUUACAAGACA